AUGACGCACAAGCAGCAGACACUAUGGAUGGAACGGCUACUCCAUUACAUCGAUUAUGUGCCCUUAUGGAUCGCAGCUUCAUUUGGCCAUCACUACCUGUGGGGCACGAGGAGGCAGUGCCCCAGCCACUGCAUCAAUGCGCUAAUCCGCCUCAACCACAUCCGCAGCGGGCCAGACCUGGAAAGAUGCGAGUGCGCCCAGGACGCAGAGUGCCUGGGGGCCAAACGCGCCAUCGAGCAGUGUCUACCACGUCAGCACCCGGACGACGGCGACGGGGGGAUCGGUUGCAUGGAGGCCCGCAGACGUUGCGAGGAGGACAGCCACUGCCACGCUUCCCUGGCCGCGUACCUGUCCUACUGCGGACAGCUGUUCAACGGACGCAAAUGCUCUACCAAGUGCAGAGCCACGAUCCAGCAGAUGCUUUUCAUCCCUGACGGGGCACUUCUCAACCGCUGCGUUUGCGACGGUGUGGAGAGGCCUUUCUGCGAGGUGGUCAAGGAGAACAUGAGCAAGCUCUGUUCCAUCGGGGACCACCACGGCAUCAAUGCCGAUCAGCCGGAUGUGGACGACAUGUAA